AUGGACGCCGUCAAGCGCUUCUUCUCCUCUCCACGAUUCGCCGUGGCGGGGGCCAGCAACGACACCCACAAGUUUGGCUACAAGAUCUUCGCAUGGUAUCACCAGCACUCCCUCCCCGUCACUCCGCUCAACCCACGCGCAGCCCAGAUCGCCCUCCCCUCGACGAGCUACGAGACCGUCCCUUCCCCGCAGGCGCUGCCCUCGCCCUCGCAGACGUCGCUGUCUGUCGUCACUCCGCCGCCCGUGACCCUCCAGCUCCUCCAGGAGGCACACGCCGUGGGUAUCCCUGCCGUCUGGCUGCAGCCGGGAACGUUUGACGAGGCGGUGUUGGCCUAUGCACACGCCCAGGGGCGCUUCGAGGCGGUCAUCGCGGGGGAGGGGGGAUGCGGCGACGAGGGUUGGUGUGUGCUGGUCGAUGGGGAGCAGGGGUUGAGGGCUGCAGGCGUGGAAUGGACGGCGAGAUUAUAAGAUCUAUUCAAUCGUAUUGAAAGUAUUGAUAGUAUUGAUAGUAUUGAUAGUAAUAGUAUUUGACUGCUACAGGAAUUGUCUGUCUCGUCGGAGUGCUUACUAAGCAGUUCAGCUCACCUCUGUAACCUGAUCACGACCACCACCACAACCACCACGACGACUCAUUUUCCCACCAUCAGGUUCUGCUCUGC